GGAACUUCAAGGUCCAGAGAGGAAACGCGCCGACGAUGGACCUCGUGGCGAAGCGACUCCAGGAAGCGACGCUCCUUCAGCGGAAGCGCGAUGAACUGAACGAGCUAAAGGCGAAGCGCAUUGAAAAGUCAAAGGGGCCGGCUUCAUCUUUCAGUGGCAAGCAAAAGAAAGCACAGUUGCGCGAGAAAAAGGCGCGCAUCCAGCAGCGCCGCGAUGACAUGAACGCCAUCACAAACGAGCCGUUCUUUGUCGAAGGGUCCGACGAACCGUUGGACUUGAGCAAUCUCAAGGGUAUUCGCACGUCGACACUAAAGCUGUCGGCGUCACUCGGUCGCCAGAGUAAAGACGUGGUCGACAAGGAAGUGUCGUCGUUCUUUGUGAAAGAAACCAAGGAGCAGGUGCAGUUGCGGAUCAUGGAAGGGCAGUAUCCGAUCGAUAUGUCCCAUCGCUUGAAGCCUCUCCUGUGGAAAGAGUUGACUCGAGAUCCGCUCUUGGACUUUCCCCAGCGACCGUCCUGGAACUAUAAGCAGUCCAAGGAAAAACUGCACGACAACGAGAGCAUCAUGUUUGACGACUGGCUCGCUACCAUCCACGACAAGUACGACUCCGACGACCUCAAUCAUUUUGAGCACAACUUGGAAGUAUGGCGUGAACUGUGGCGCGUCUUGGAGCGGUCCACACAUAUUGUGAUUGUGGCAGAUAUUCGGAACCCGCUGCUGCACAUUCCGCCGUCCGUUUACGACUACGUCACGGACCGCAUCAAGAAGCCCCUCGUGAUUGUACUAAACAAGAUCGAUCUCAUCCCAUGGGACCUUGCCCUUGCUUGGCGCGCAUUCUUGACCAAGCGGUUUCCCCAAGCUACACUCUUGUACUUUUCCAGUCGAUCCAACUCCAUUCAGCACCAGGCAGACCUGAACGGACGCCGCAAAGUGCUCAGUGAAAAGCUGAAAGUCGGCGACCUUUGCGCUGUCCAAGGCGCCCAGAGCAUCCUGAUCGCAUGUGGCAUCGAACCUGACGUAGCGACUGCCGUCAUUCAUAGUGUCCUUCAAACCGAAGAGGGCAUUGAUGGCGACGAUGACGAGACUGCGACUCCAACCACCAUCACCAAGAAGAGUCGUCGAAAGAAUAAGGAAAAGGCCAAGCAGCUGCAAGCUGAGGAGCGGGAACUACGCGACGUGUGCGACUAUUGCGGUGACGACGCUCCCGUCGUGAGCUGUCAAACCUGCGCGACAUCGUUCCGCGACCUUCGGCUCUGUGCUCGAUGCAACCGCGAUAUCCACAAACAUCAGAAACACAAUGUUGUACCCUUGGAGGGGUACGCGGAAGCGGCGGCGGUGGCUGCAGCCGAAGCGGACGAGUUGAAGCGGUUGACGAUCACGAUCGGGUUGAUUGGCCAUCCGAACGUGGGCAAGUCGAGUGUCCUGAAUGCACUGGCAGGAAAGAAGCUCGUGAGUGUGUCCCACACUCCAGGGCACACGAAGCGCCUACAAAGCAUUUACAUUGCGCCGCAGAUUUGCAUUUGCGAUUGCCCGGGCCUAGUGUUCCCCUUUGCGGGCGUACCCAAGUACAUGCAAGAGCUGAGCGGGUUGUUUCCGUACUCGCAGACCCGUGAACCGUUCUCGGCCGUCCGAUUCCUGUCCGAGCACGCCCCUCUCGAGACAAUAUUGAACUUGGCUCCGCGCGUUCAAGAGUUUGAUGGUUACAUGGAACCCUUGGAAUGGUCGUCGUGGACGAUCUGCGAAGCGUAUGCAGAGAAGAAGGGAUACAAGACCGAACGCCGCGGCCGACCGGACCAUCACCGUGCCGGCGCCGAACUCAUCCGAGAUUGCAUGGAUGGGGUGCUUCCACUGUACUUUUACCCACCCGACUACACGGGGCCGUACUUGGACGGGACACAACACGAUUCGUACUGCGGAGAACAUGCCGUCUUUCGCCUGAAUCACUUGGACGAAGCUUUGGCCAUGACCUCUUUGAGUGACAACAAAAAGUGUGGCGACGGGAGCGAUGACGAGAGUGGUGAUCAAGAUGUCACCGCGUCGUCGGCGCCGCAAGGAUCUGGCGGCCACACAAGUGUGUGGAAUCUCUUAAACGGAGAUUCGACCGACGAAGACGAUAGCGACGACGAAUAAAAGAGUGUUGAGGCAGUGAAAACGUUUGUUUAUGGAGCUUCUACUUGGCACGACGAA